AUGAAGAUGCUCAGAACAGUCUCAGAAUACUACCAGAUUAAAUGUCGUCAACUGACAGAUGAUCUCUUGGACAAAAAAAAUUGGCAGCCGAAAACAGUAAUUGUGCUGUCCCACCUGAUGCCAGCUUAUGAAGACCUUCUUCACCUUACAAAACCAACUAGACGGAAUCACCCAACUAUUAGAGAAUCGCAUUCCUUUCCAAGUUCUCUGAUUUUGAGAUCUUUUGUUUCUCGUAUCUACCAGCACCGAGUAAUCUCCUAUCUCUCUCCAUGUUCCUCCCACUCCCCGAUCAAACUCCGCACCUCUGAUGCAUUACUUUUUGUGGGUCCGCCACCAAAUCACCAUUUCCAGCAUGCGCUCUGA